UUGUAUGCAGUGGAUAUGCUAACAAGUCGACAUAUAUUGGUGGCGGGUGGCGGUGGCUCAAGCAAGACAGGCGUAGCUAAUGGCUUUGAAAUCUAUGAACUGUAUCACAAUGGCAGUCACUUUUGUGCGGAGGAGGUGCUGCGCCAUGAGACGGGCGCCAAUGUGGUCAUGAACUUUGCUGUACGCAAUGGCGGCCGACGUGCCUAUCUAUGCGCUGGUCAGGAGGCGCACUGUCAGAUGUACUUCGUGCAGCCCCGCAUUGAAUGCGAGGAUGAAGCGUUAGCGGAGGGCAAGAAGCCCGCGCCUGUGGAGCGGCCGCAUGAAAACGGUGUGAGACAACGCGGCGCAGGUGCUGCACACUCUGGCGUAGAAUCGUUACCCAAUGGACACAAUAAUGCGCCCACAGCGGCGGAUGUCCUAAAGCAGUUUCGGCGUCUACAGUUUGACAUACAAGCAGCGGAUGUGGUGCAAACUGAUUUCCUAAAAAAUGCAGAGCCACUGCAGCGUGUGGUGCGCAUUAGCGGCAAUGGACGCCUCAUGGCCACUGGCGGUACUGAUGGCCAGCUACGUGUCUGGAGUUUUCCUCAGCUUACAAUGAGUGCGCAGUUGCCCGCGCAUAGCAAGGAAAUCGACGAUUUAGACUUUAGCCCCGACUGCAAAUAUAUUGUAAGCAUUGCCAAGGAUGCUCAGGGAUUGGUUUGGAAUCUGGAAACAGGCAAACUGCAACAUAAGCUGCAGUGGCAAACACCUGAGGGCGCCAAGUACUUGUUCAAGCGCUGUCGCUACGGCACUGUGGAGGCACACAAGGAUAACUAUCGCUUGUUUACAAUUGCAAAUCCCCUAGGCAAAGUGGGUAAGCAGCGUGGCUAUCUGCAGCAAUGGGAUUGCGGCACUGGACAGCUGCGCGCUUCUGUAGCCGUAGACGAGAGCCUGUCCUCGCUUGCAGUGCGAGAUGAUGGACGCUUUGUGGCGGUGGGCACCAUGUUCUCCGGCAGCGUAUCCAUGUACAUAGCAUACAGUUUGCAGCGUGUGCUGCAUGUUCCUCAUGCUCACUCGAUGUUCGUGACCGGAUUGCAAUUUCUGCCUAUAACGAAUGAGGAGGGCCCGCCCAUUAGCAGCGACACUGAAGCCGCUGUGCUCUCCAUAUCCGUAGACAAUAAAGUUUGUAUACACAGCCUGGCGCAAAGACGUACAAUGCCAGCCUGGUUGGCCAUCGCCUUUAUGGUCGCCAUGAUUUUCAUUGUGUUUGUGUUGUGCUCAUACAUUGGCAUCUGAGACAAAACAAUUUGCGUUUAUUAGUUCAUAAAAAACAGUGUGUUUAGUUUUGUAACCGCGACCUCCACUAAUUAAUUUAAGUGUAUAGUUGUGCCCGGCUGCCUUAUCUCUAAUUCUAUUUUGCAAUAUUCUUUGUUGUAUAUUAUAACUUACCCUCUUUACGUUUCUUCUCAAAUUUAAUUGUUAACACUACAUAGUUGUAAUUUCCUUUAUAAUAGCAUUGAUAAAAACAAUAAUUAAAUUCAGGUGAAUGAGCUGCAACGACCUUAGUUUUAUUUUAAGCGCGGCGCCAUUUUCUAUUAAGCUGCUGUUAGCCUAACAGGCCGCUAACAUAGGCUUUAAGCAUUCACACGAACGCGCAGAGUGCGCGCGUUGUUUAA